AUGGUCGCGAGAGACGCUAUUCCGCGAACGUUGAUCACGAGAGGUGCGAUUCCGCGAACGGUGAUCAUGAGAGGUGCGAUCCCGCGAACGGUGAUCACGAGAAAUGCGAUCUCCCGAUUGCCGAUCGCGAGAGGUGCAAUCUCGCGACCGUCGAUCGCGAGAGGUGCAAUCCCGCGACCGUUGAUCGUGACAGGUGCGAUCCCAACAAAAACCUCUAUUAGACAUCCAUUAGACGUUCUUCAUAGAUAUUCGAAACCUCCAUUAGACAUCCAUGUAACUUCCUAUAGGUAUGCCAUAUGUCCGCACAUUAAAUUAAACUGUGAUGGUUAUAAAGAAGAAGGAGUAACAUAUCCAUCGUCGUUUAUGCAAGAAACUUUACUAACAGAAUUUUACAAAGAAUGUGGAAUAUCAACAUCUUGUUUGGAUUACGUUGAAGCACAUGGUACUGCUACCAAAGCUGGCGAUCCCCCAGAAAUUCAAGCUAUCGCUAAUGUAUUGUGUAAGAAUAGAGAAACUCCAUUAAUGAUCGGCUCUGUAAAAUCCAAUCUUGGUCAUGCUGAAUCUGCCGCCGGUUUCGAUCAAAUAGCUAAGGUAAAACAAUGA